GGGAGGGGACCGGUCCGUUCCGAACCGACCGGUGGCGGUUAGUGGCGGGGCCCGAGCGGGGAGUCUGGGGAGGAGAGAAGCGGGAGGACGUGGGCUGCCUCGCCCGGUUGUGAUUGGCCGGUGGCCGCCAGCUGGACAGGUGAUUGGCCGGGAGCCGUGUCAGUCACUCCACUCAUCCUCCCUUCCCCCAGGCGUCUGGCAACAGGCACUGCCCGGGGCUGCGGGGGUGGCCGGGCCGGGGGCCGUAGGCUGGGGGCUGCCGGCUUCCCUGGGGCGUCCCUUGGGCCGUGGGGGGAGGGACCGGCCCGGGCUCUCCCGUGGGGAAGAGCCGGAGAGCGUGAGCCCGGGAUCUGCAGGCCCCGGGCUGGGGCUGGGGCGGCCCGGGGCUAGGGUCCUUUCGGGUGUCCUGUGGCCCACUUCUUGAUUACCUUCUGAUUCUUCCUUCGUCCUCCUCUCCUUCCCCAGACUCUGUGGGGUUAUCUGGGUUUGGUGUUUUGGUUUUUUCCCUGGGUUCCCCCUCCACCCCCCCAAGUCGGUGAGAUCAUCUCAGCCGGAGGCUGCAAUGUGACAGAAAUGCUAAGUAGUCCUGUGGCUUGGGGAGGCUUCCUCAUCUAGACGACUACAGAGUUUCUGUAGUCGUCUUGCUUGCAAUCAGGUGGUAGUCUUUCAGAAAAUGAAUACCUAAUUGAAUUGGGGGCAGUAAUUCAUGGAAAGAGGCCAAAACCUAAAAGCAUGAGGUAUAUAUCGCUUAGAUAAAAAUAAGUGUAAAUCUUUGAGAAUGGGCCGGAGUAACUAUGAAUUAAGAACUAAAAGAGUUAGUCUUAGGUUGAAAAUUCUAGAAAAAUGGAGGUAAACUGUUGGCAUGUGGCACCUGUUUCUUCCUUUGCAAAGAGUAGUCCUGAGUCAUAACUGGAUUUCGAUUUCAGUUUUUUACAUCUUGGUAGUUAAUACCCUUCAACUUUUCAAUACUCUGAAAUAUUUUACGUGCCAAAGUACUUCAUUUCAAUGCAGUUAAUUUAAUACCCUUCAACUUUCACUACUCUGAAAUGUUUUAAGUGCCAAAGUACUUAGUUUUGAUGGCAUUUGAUAAAUAUGGAUAGUAGUUGUCAUCCAUGCAGUUAUGUUAAACAGAUGGGACAACUGAAGGCUUCACACAUCUUACUGUUUCUAAGUGAGUCAUUUAAAGAGUGUGACUAAUCAUCCUACCAUACAGUUAUCAACAAAACAGCAGUUUUCCUUCUACACCCCCCACCCCACCCCGAAAAUAUGAAGAAGAGAUUUCCAGAUUUUCUGUGGAUGAGAGGCAAAAAGUAAAGAACCUCUCUUUUGAACAACAGUUUAAAUUUAGAUUGGGGGGACUACAUGUGGUGGACUUCUCAAGAAUUUGUAUGUCACUUUUUUCUGUGCAGCAAUAUGGUGAUAUAUCCAGACAGUCGGUUAACUUGCUAUGGUCGUUGUCAGGCAAACAGUAAUGCCUUAGUUGUCAUAAGGCUUUGAUCUAAAUAGCAACUCUGCAUGAAAAUAAAUGGAUUUUAUCUGUCCUAUUUUCCCUCUGUGCUUUAUUUAUCUCAAAUUUUAAGUCAGUUGGAACAGAGGCACUUCAGUGCAGUGUGGAUUGGACAUUUUCAUUAUAAUAGUCAAAUAAUGGGUGUCAUCAGGGUAAUAAUAUCGCUGUGUGUUGUGGGGGGGGGAAAUUGCAUUUGUUUUGAGGAAACCAGCAUAGUAAGAUGAAGAGAUGGCUGAGAAAUUCGUGUUUAGAAACACGAUAUGAGAAGUGGCCCAAUUUGAGCAUAGCCCAUGUGGGAAAUGGAAGUCAGUGAUUACCUACAGCUUGUGAGCCGAGCCAGGAGGGCACAAAUACUAUGGGAACAGAAAAUGUAUUGAAGGGGAGAUACUUAGAUUUUAUUUCUUCUCAGUUAAGUGCAUUAAAGAGCUGGGAGGGCAGUGUUAAAUACAUUGAAAUGCAAUAUUGGAUACAGGAGGCAGAUGAGUGAUAAGAUUGGGGAGGGCUGUUCAGGAGCGCCAUUACCCAUGGCGUAGUGUGCGUGUGUGGGGAGGGGAAGUAGCAUAUGGGGUGGAAAAUAAGGAGAUGAAGGAUGCAUCAGAACCGAUCCCACAAAGUGCAUGAGAAAGGUAUAUGAAAUAUAUGCCAGCUUCUGCUGUUGACAAAUACAUUUUCUGAUUCUUUGUAUCUGUUGGCAGCAGUGAUACAGAUUUACUCUUUAUUGAAUGUAUGUCUAAUAGUUAGUUGGUUUAGUCUGUUUGUUGCAUCACCUUUCCUGUGAAGACUAAUUACUGAUCAGAGUGUGCAGAGAAUGCUGUUGUGUGUUUUCCCCAUAACUAAUAAUUGCAGUGACUUUAUGUUGUUGAAUUGACCAAACAAAAAAGAAGUGUUUACCCAAUGACUUCCAUUUCACAUGUAAGCAGAAUGGUGCUGUACAGUUGGAUUUUUUGGCCUGGUAAUCUUUUCUUUAUGGUGUCUGCCUCAGUAGGUAUUACAAAUUGCUUUUUUGCAUUGAAAGGAUGACGCUUCGCUUUCUCUUUGAAAUUGAAUGUUGAAGAACAGGUUUUCUGUAGGAAAUAGAAAAGUUGGGGAGUGGUCUGACACCUGAUGUUAGGACUCAAUCCUAGGCUGGAGCGAGCUGGUGAUGGCUCAGAAAUCAACAGAGAUGAUGCCUCUUUGAUACUGGAAGGCUACUCAUGCCCUUAAAUAUUGUGGUCCCACUGGUUAAUAUUUGAAAAGAAUGGAAGAACUGUGGAUGAAGUACAGCCUUUUUUACACCAGUUUUCUGGAGCUGGGUAUCCUUUUCUUAGCUAGUCCUUGGAUUAGAGACCACAAGGGAAAUAUACUAGUAAUGUCAGAAUGUCAAAAGAGUUAGUUCCAGCAAAAAUGUAUCUGUAGGCUUUGUGUUAUGUGAGGGGUGGUACUGAAUGAGGUACUAAUCUAGUCUUAACUGCUUGUCAGUAAAUGUCUCAAGUGGAAGAUGGUCUUCUCCAAAGCAGUAGCUGUGGUUGUCAGGAGUCUACACUGGGAGAGCCCGGCAUUAUCAUUAUGGAUCGCUCUCGGCACCGUGCAGGGAAUGGCAAUGAGCAGGCAUCUUCACGAGAGCAUAGUCAUGGUGAAGAUGAGAGACAGCGGCAGCUGGAGCGCCUCAGUAGGGAGGAGGCCUAUUACCAGUUCAUUAACGAACUAAACGAAGAAGACUACAGGUUAAUGAGGGACCGCAACUUGCUUGGCACUCCUGGGGAAAUAACAGCAGAAGAGUUGCAGCAACGCUUGGAGGGGGCUAAGGAGCGCCUAGCAUCACAGACUGAUCUGGAUAACAGAGAAGGUGAAGGUAGAACAGUUGGAGAUUCUGAUGUUCUUGGAGAAAGCUCAAAUGGUGACUCUUUGCUUGAAUGGCUGAACACAUUUCGUCGCACAGGAAAUGCAACUCGCAGUGGACAGAGUGGGAACCAAACCUGGAGAGCUGUGAGUCGAACAAAUCCCAACAGUGGCGAGUUUCGGUUUAGUCUUGAAAUCAACAUAAAUCAUGAGCAUAACAGUUUUGAAACUGCAGGCGAGGAGUAUGUGGGUAUAGAUAGUAGCAGAAUGUAUUUAGAAAGAAGACAUCAAAGAGCUGUCAGUCCAGUAACUCCACGAACGAGGAGCAGAACUGCAAGAGAGGCAAACAGUGAGGCUUCAAGCACUGCAAGGACCAGGUCUGUAAGAAGUUCUGUGGCACAAAGCUCUGAAGCAGCCUCUAAUCCGGUCUCAGGGAGGCUCAGGAGUAGAACGAGGGAGCUGACGGGCCUUUCCCGAACGAAUACUACACGUAAUAAUUCUGCGGGUACUGGAGAACAAAGAGAAAUGCCAGGAAGAGGUACUUCUACAGGAGUCACAAGAGGUAGAACUAGAACUAGUGUUCGGACGAGUACAAACCAAAGACUAGAAAUUCUGCGGCUGAGAUCUACUUUAAGUAGUCGAAGCCGCUCUCCGCUGCAAAGGCAAGGCGAUACUGCUCAUUCUGAGGAACAUGGGCAGAGGCAGGAUAGAAAUGCACAGCAAGUCACCAGAAGCAGGAGACAAACAGCUCAGCCUUCUCCACAGCCUGCCGAAGAGCAAGGAAGAGGUAAUGCUCGGACUCCUCAGCUUUCCAGCUAUUCCCCGUCCUUGGGAAUAACUUUGGAAGAGGAGGAAUCUAGUAGGCCAGUAGCUGCUGUUAGAAGGCAUCCAACAAUUACAUUAGAUCUUCAGGUGAGAAGAAUUCGUCCUGGAGAAAACAGAGAUCGGGACAGUAUUGCCAGUAGAACUCGUUCUAGAGUAGGAAUGGCAGAGAACACAGUUACCUUUGAAAGUGACAGUGGGGGAUUUCGGCGUACAAUAUCACGAUCAGAACGUGCGGGUAUUCGAACCUACGUUAGCACUAUACGAAUACCUCUUCGUCGGAUUUCAGAAACGGGGCUUGGUGAACCUUCAUCAGUGGCUCUUCGAUCAAUCCUUAGACAAAUUAUGACGGGCUUUGGAGAAUUGAGUUCUUUAAUGGAAACUGAAUCAAACUCAGAAGUGCAAAGAGGUGGUCAUCGCUUACCGGAUGUACAGUCAGAGCAGAAUAACUUGAGUUCAGCCAACAACAGCAGUGAUCUGAGUGAGGUUUCAUCUAGAAACAGGCAUGCACUAGAAGGCAGCAGGGAAACAAAUGGACAAAGCGACCAUAGUCAACGCUAUGGUCACAGUAAUGAAAACCAAGAUAACAGGCAGUCUCAAGAUGCUAACAACCUUGUGGAAAAUGGAACGCUGCCCAUACUUCGACUUGCCCACUUCUUCCUGCUGAACGAAGAUGAGGAUGACGAUCGUUUGAGAGGUUUAACCAAAGAGCAGAUUGACAAUCUUUCUACACGAAACUAUGGGGAUAUUCACACUGAAAACGAAAUAAGUAAAACGUGUAGUGUUUGCAUUAAUGAAUACGUAACAGGGAAUAAGCUAAGGCAGUUACCUUGUAUGCAUGAGUUUCAUAUUCAUUGUAUCGAUCGCUGGCUUUCUGAAAACUCCACUUGCCCAAUUUGUCGGCAGCCUGUAUUGGGGUCUAAUGCCACAGACAAUGGCUAGCAUUAUUUAUACUGUGCAGUACUCAAGGAUUUGCUUCUGCUCUGUUUAUGAGGAGCCAGAUGGAAUGAAUUGACUUGCAUAGGGGUUCAUUUGUGUGGGAAGUUUUGUUAAAUUUCUUUAAAAAUACUAGGAAACUUGUCUAAAUCUAGCAAUGUAAAUACUAUUUUUCUCCAAGUUCAGAUCUAGGAGUACACAUAGAACCAAACAAUAUUGGUAAAGUUUAUAUUUUUUUAGGUAAUUUUGUUAUGCUAAGCACUUUUGUAAAUACAGAAAUGCAAUAGUUAAUCAGUCCUGCUUAAUGUAUGUUUUUUUAACAGUGUAAUGGACUCACUUUAUUUAGAUUACAAAUUGUUUCACACAGACCCACCACUGUGUUGAAAAAUUAGUGUCUAAAUAGCCAUUCAUUAGCUUUUUGUUCUAAGAACAAUUUCUUUUACAGAGAGUAUCUUGCUGGACGUUUGCUAAAGAUAUUUAAGUUACUUGAAGUGCUCAUUUUAAUAGACAGUAUAUUUUUUUUAACAUUGAAAUAUCCUUUCCAAAAACUUGCCAAUUUGGUUCUAUUUAAAAAAAAAAAGUUAUGCCAAUUUUUGCAUGUGGUUUUACACAAUGCUUAACGCUGAUGAGUUCAUAUUCAAAAGUGGAUGGGUUAGUGACAUUAUAAAUGUACAUAAUUAAAUGCUAUCUUCGACAAUCGCUGUCUUUUCAAUGCAGGCAGCAAUCAAAUCCAUAAUAAUUCCAAGAGGGCGUGUCUUACUGAACAUGAUAUUUGCUCAAAGAAUACAUGAGCACUGAGGAAGCCUUUUUACUCUUCCAAAUUACUCAAUUGAUAUUCAUGGGAUUUUAACUGCCUUAGUUUAAAGAGGGAGAUAAUUCCUUGACCAUUAUAUUGUCUACCAUAUGCAUGAUUUGUGCAUCCUACUCCGAAAAAAAAAGGCUUGAAGUGGUUUUGUACAGAAAUUUAAGGUACACGUAUAAUAUUAGUCCUCUUAAAACAUGUCUGAGGACCAAAUGGCAAAAGACACUAAAAAGGACAAAAUAAACUUCCCUUAAAGUCCCCAGGUUACUGUAUAAUUAGAUAUUAAACUUUAUACCAAUAACUUAUAAAGAAAUAAAGUUGCAAACUAAAUAA